ACCUUACAAAUGUAUGGGCUACAGGAAACAUAAACGUGUCGCGUCUGGAGAAAACGUAGAACAAGUUUAGCGCGUCAGUUCCCGGUUUAAACCAGUAUGUUUGGAAAAACUUGAAUCAACAAUAUUUCUUAUCGCUAGCACUGAUUACUUUUGGAUACUUUUUUCUAUCGUUUUCAAAACCUGACAACGCUAAAAAUGACUGUCGGGAAGAUGAAACAAACUUUGCCAAUCAAACUCGCGCAUCCUUUGAGUACUGGAUGCAACUGACGAAGAAGACAUCAGACUUGAAUGUUUUCACCCGUUAUAUGGAAAACGUGGAUACAGCACAUCAUUGCUUUUUAAAGAGGGACGUUUUAAGGGACUCCAUGCAGGUUUCCUCUGAAUUCUCCCAAGAAACGUAUAUCAGAAAGUUUGUCCAGUCACUGCUCUGCGAAAAGAGUUUCGCCUGACUGCAUCUCCAAAGGGACAUCUCCAAAUAGCUGCUUCAAGAUGAGAUGUGAUAAAGUGAUCACCUACCUGAGGAUUAUUGGGACAACACUGUUUGGAGUUUCGCUGCUUGUAGGAAUCUCUACAGCCUACAUCAUGGGCUAUCAGUUCUUCUCCACUACAGGCAAUUACUUGUCCUUUGGGCUCUAUGGGGCCAUUUUGCUUGUUCACCUCAUCAUCCAGAGCUUGUUUGCUCUGCUUGAGCGCAGAAACAUGAGACGCUCCAUGGAGACCCCGAUCAAACUGAACAAGUCGCUAGCCCUCUGCAUCGCUGCCUACCAAGAAGACCCAAACUACUUGAGAAAAUGUUUAAUAUCCGUCAAGAGGCUUACAUACCCAGGCAUCAAAGUGAUCAUGGUGAUCGAUGGGAAUAAUGAGGACGACAGCUACAUGAUGGACAUCUUUCGGGACAUAAUGGGCCGAGACAAGGCAGCCACUUACGUCUGGAAGAGCAAUUAUCACCAGCAAGCAUCAGGGGAGACCGACGAGUCGUACGCCGAGAGCCUGCAGCAUGUCUCUCAGCUGGUGCUCAACAAUAAAUGCAUCUGCAUCAUGCAGAAGUGGGGGGGGAAGAGGGAGGUCAUGUACACGGCCUUCAAAGCCCUGGGAAGGAGCGUGGACUACGUGCAGGUGUGUGACUCGGACACCAUGCUGGACCCUGCUUCCUCAGUGGAGAUGGUGAAGGUUCUGGAGGAAGACCCCAUGGUGGGUGGAGUUGGGGGAGAUGUACAGAUCCUGAACAAAUAUGAGUCAUGGAUCUCCUUCCUGAGCAGCGUGCGCUACUGGAUGGCGUUCAACAUCGAGCGAGCGUGCCAGUCCUAUUUCGGCUGCGUACAGUGCAUCAGCGGGCCGCUGGGCAUGUACAGGAAUUCGCUCCUCCACGAGUUCCUGGAGGACUGGUACAACCAGACAUUCAUGGGAAGCCACUGCAGCUUCGGCGACGACCGCCACCUGACCAACCGCGUCCUGAGCCUGGGCUAUGCCACCAAGUACACAGCCCGCUCCAAGUGCCUGACCGAGACGCCCAUCACGUACCUGCGCUGGCUCAACCAACAGACACGCUGGAGCAAGUCUUACUUCAGGGAGUGGCUGUACAACUCUAUGUGGUUCCACAAGCACCACCUGUGGAUGACCUACGAAGCUGUCAUCACUGGCUUCUUCCCUUUCUUCCUCAUCGCCACAGCCAUUCAGCUCUUCUAUCACGGCAGGAUCUGGAACGUCCUUCUCUUCCUGCUGAUCGUCCAGGCGGUGGCGCUCAUCAAGUCCACAUUCGCCAGCUGCCUCCGUGGAAAUGUGGUCAUGGUCUUCAUGUCGUUCUACUCAGUGUUAUACAUGUCGAGUCUGCUUCCAGCAAAGAUGUUUGCCAUCGCCACGAUCAACAAAUCAGGCUGGGGCACAUCGGGGCGGAAGACGAUAGUGGUGAACUUCAUUGGGCUCAUCCCUAUCUCAGUGUGGUUCACUAUUCUGUUCAUUGGCAUCAUGUACACGAUCAUUCAAGAGACACGGAAGCCAUUUCCAGAUUCGGAAAUGAUAGUAUUAAUAAUUGGUGCAAUAGUCUAUGCCAGCUACUGGGUCAUGCUUUUGACUUUGUACAUGGUCCUCAUAGCGAAGUGUGGUAAGAGGAAGAAAGAGCAGCAGUAUGACAUGGUGCUCGACGUCUAGUGAUGCCCUGUUAACCCCUCCCCCUCUCGACGUUUACAUUGUGAACAGUCUCAGACUGCUCUGCUUUGCGAUCUCCCAGGGUUACAGGAAGUGACACCGUCAGGAGAGAGGUAUUAUUGCUGCUGUGACUGACCUUAAGAAUAUUUCUUUAAAGUAAAAAAAAAAUUAACAAGUUGUAAUGAGGUUCAGACUGUUGAUGUGAACUUUGACUCGAUUAGUAUUCCAAAAACCACCAACUGAACUUGCUGGUUUUUUUUUUUCCAGGAAACUAAUGUAAGUUCAGUUCCUAUAUGCACUUUUAUGUCUCUCUCAUCGUGCAUAAUGCUUGACAAAGAUCUUGGAUGAACAAAAAUACCUCACAGGUUAUGUUUGCAUUGUGUGAAUGAUUGGGAUGCAGUCACAUAAGGCUCAUUCUUUUAAAUAAUUUAUUGUAU